CCAAAGCCUCCACCUCCUCCACCUGGUCCACCUCCUCCCCCAAAUCCAGCGCCUCCACCACCAGGACCGCCUCCUCCGCCAAAUCCUCCACCUCCUCCUCCAUCUGGUCCGCCACCACCCCCAAAGCCUCCACCUCCUCCACCCGGCCCGCCUCCUCCCCCAAAUCCCCCACCACCGCCCCCUGGUCCUCCGGUAGGUGGUGGUCCGCCUCCACCAAAUCCUGUACCAAAUCCUCCACCAGGCAUAGGCCCACCCCCGAAAGGCGGAAAGUCUCCGCCACCUGGUCCUACAAAACCUGGACCAAAACUUGGACCAAACUCAAUCCCUCCAAAUGGCAUUCCUCCGAAACCCGGUCCAUCGCCUAUUAUUGUCGGUGGUCCAAAAAAGCGAGGCCCCGGUCCUCGAAAUCUUAAAGGGCCUCCAAACUGA